UGGGAGAUGUAGUUUUAGCGCGAGACAGGCGACACUGUACGCCUGCGCGAUGAGGGGAUGUGGGACCCCUUUACCGGAACGCUGGGGACGCGUCCGGUCCCAGCAGUGCUCCGGUCCGGUGUGUAACGCAGGUCGUGCUUCUGUGCUGCUUGGUUCGUUUUCCACACGGUAACUGGAAAGCCUUUCCGAGACCUGUCAUACCUACCUGUUACCCUGCCAGAUUGAGGCUCCACGGUUCCCAGGAACUCCUUUUGGGACUCACAGAAACCUUCUGCACCUUGGUGAUGGCGCAGAGGGACUGUUUUCUUACUUGGAGCCUGAAUGACUGCCAAGAAGGAAGGCGGAAGUAGAGCGCUUGUCUCUCCUGGUGGCUCCGGGCCUCAGACCGUCGCAUCGAUCCUUUUCAGAGCCCGAGGACAAGGCUCACCUGAACUUGAGUCAUGAGUGAAACGUCUUGCUCUUUCCUUACUGAGAAAGAAUGUCGAGACGGACAGAUAGAAAGUGUCUCUGCUGGGCUCUCUUCAUCAUACAAGGACAAUGGUGCACUUGUGGCUUUCAGAGGAAUUCCUAUCUCAGAGCUGAAGAACCACAGCAUUCUCCAGGCCCUGACCGCAGAGACUACCGGAUGGCAGCCGGGUGUUGUGAGUGCAGAGAUGCUCAGAGCCCAGGAGGAGUGGGAAGUGGUGGACACCAUCCAUCCUAACAUAGAGCGCGGGCUCAGCUCGCAGCAGCCUGCCCAGCUCAUCUCCUUCAGCGAGGCCCUGGAGCACUUCCAGACCGUGGACCUCUCCUCUUUCAAGAAAAGAAUCCAGCCAACUAUUCAAAGGACGGGGCUCGCCGCCCUCCGGCAUUGCCUCUUUGGGCCGCCAAAGCUGCACCACGGUCUUCGGGAAGAAAGAGACUUGGUUCUCACCAUUGCUCAGUGUGGCCUGGACAGCCAAAACCCAACGCACGGCCGAGUACUGCAGACCAUCUACAAGAAGCUGACUGGCUCCAAGUUCGACUGUGCCCUUCACGGAGACCACUGGGAAGACCUGGGCUUCCAGGGAGCCAACCCAGCCACAGACCUCAGGGGAGCAGGCUUCCUUGCCCUCCUGCACCUACUGUACCUGGUCAUGGACUCAAAGACGCUGCUGAUGGCCCAGGAGAUCUUCCGCCUGUCUCAUCACCAUAUCCAGCAAUUCCCCUUCUGUUUGAUGUCUGUGAACAUCACCCGCAUUGCCAUCCAGGCCUUGAGGGAGGAGUGUCUCUCCAGGGAGUGUAACCGGCGGCAGAAGGUCAUCCCGGUGGUGAACAGCUUCUACGCAGCCACUUUCCUUCACCUGGCGCGUGUGUGGAGGACCCAGCAGAAGACUAUUUUAGACUCAGGCUUUGUCCUCAAAGACUUGGAAGCCUUGGCCAAGAAGAGCCCAAGACGACUGCUCAAGACCCUGGACGACUACCUAGCCCAGGUGUCGAAGGGACAGGCCUCCUUGCUAGAGGCACAGAAGUGGCCUGGCUCACAGGGCCCUCCCUCCAAGGAUCUCACUUUCACAGGCGUGUGUGACCUCCAGUCUCAUUCGUUCGAGAGUGCAGGGUUGAUCUGACCCACCACGGAGAGACCAUUCCUAGAAAGAUUGGCUGGGUCGCCGGAGCUCUCCAAAGUAAAGAACCAACCGUGUCUGACCCAAAGCCCUUCGCGCGUCUGCAGGCGAGACUAGGAAGCUCCCAGGUGUGUGUAGUGACCCACGCCCACGAUUCUACACCAGCAUAGCACAUCAGGCAGCUAGCUACUCCAUGCCAUCUCCCAAGCAAGGAGUCUUCUGCCGUUCCCAGCUGGACUCCAGUUCACAGGGUUGGACUCCUGAUAUCGCAGUGGAAGUGAACAGACCAUACGGCCAGACAUCCCUAUCUGAGUUGUCUACGCAUCUGCACCUGGAAGCAGCAGCUAAAGUUCUGACUCCCAACAGCCAGGCCCCAGUGUCUGAGGCUGGAACUGGAAGGACAGACAGCAAUAUCUUCAGCCAGCAGGGGGCAGCACAUCACAGAAAAAGUGACUGAUAGGCAGGCUCCCCCCACUUCCUCCAGCCACUAUUUUCAAGACACUUGUUCCCACCCUACCCUUCUCCUCCCCCCUCCCUCUCCGUUGCCCACCAUUGUUUGCAAUCUAGAAAUGGGCACUCAGCUGACUAGACUAGUCACUGAGCACCCCAGCCCCACCACCCAAGGCCAGAGCACCUGUGGAGACCACGGGCUGUCUAGCGUGGCUGAGAGGCAAGGUAAACUCUCACCCACCAGCAGUUUAGAAUAAAGGAAUUGUAAUCUCCAGUAUUUUCUUCCAAGAUGGAGUUCUUUC